AUGAUGCGAAUAGCUUCACGGGCUCCCCAGCGGGUGUGCUCCCUGGCCUCCUCUUCUGCCUCCGCCGCUCUUCGUCGAUCCAUCCCGUGCUCUGUUGCCGUCCGCGCCAUUGCAACAACCGCUCUCAUGGCCGCUCCCACUCAAACCAUCGCUCACGCAGCGCCAGCCGACGCCUACCAGCUGCUGCCCGAGGCGCAAAAGGCCGGCCGGGCUGAAGAUGCCCUCUAUGAGGCCCAGGUCAAGGAGAUUGAGGAGUGGUGGGCAUCGCCUCGUUAUGCCGGCAUUCGACGCCCGUACAGCGCCGCAGAUGUCGCCUCCAAGCGCGGCACCCAGCUCGUCAAGUACCCCAGCUCCGUCAUGGCCACCAAGCUGUUUAACCUGAUCCGCGAGCGCGAGAGCAAGGGCGAUCCCAUUCACACAAUGGGCGCCAUCGAUCCCGUCCAGAUGACCCAGCAGGCCCCUCACCAGGAAGUCCUCUACAUCUCCGGCUGGGCUUGCUCCUCCGUCCUGACCAGCACCAACGAAGUGUCUCCCGACUUUGGCGACUACCCCUACAACACCGUCCCCAACCAGGUCCAGCGCCUCGCCAAGGCCCAGUCCAUGCACGACCGCAAGCAGUGGGACGCCCGCCGCAAGAUGACCGCCGAGGAGCGGGCCAAGACUCCCUAUACCGACUACCUCCGCCCCAUCAUCGCCGACGGUGACACCGGCCACGGAGGUCUCUCUGCCGUGCUCAAGCUGGCCAAGCUGUUUGCCGAGAACGGCGCGGCCGCGGUGCACUUUGAGGACCAGCUUCACGGCGGCAAGAAGUGCGGCCACUUGGCAGGCAAGGUCUUGGUGCCCACGGGCGAGCACAUCAACCGUCUCAACGCCGCCCGCUUCCAGUGGGACGUCAUGGGCUCCGAGAACUUAGUCAUUGCCCGUACCGAUUCGGAGUCUGGCCGUCUCAUCUCGUCAGCCAUCGACGUCCGUGAUCACGAGUUCAUCCUCGGGAUUGCCGACCCCACCAUCGAGCCCCUCGCCGAAACGCUGCAGGCGAUGGAGGCCAAGGGGGCCACAGGCGCCGAGAUUGAUGUCUUUGAGGCCAAGUGGGUGAAGAGCAGCAGGCUGGUGACUUUUGACGAGGCUGCCGUCGAGCACAUGCAAAAGGAGGGCGUCGCCCAGGCCAAGAUUGACGAGUAUCUCUCCGCCACGGCCGAGGACCGCGACAUGGGCAUCUCUCGCCGCCGCCACCUCGCCUCCGAAUACACCAAGACCCCCGUCUACUUCAACUGGGACGUCCCUCGCACUCGUGAGGGCUACUACCACUUCCGCGCCGGCAUGGAGGCUGCCACCAAGCGUGCCCUGUCCUUUGCUCCCUACGCCGAUCUCCUCUGGGUGGAAACCGGCGACCCCAACGUCGAAGUCGCCGCCAAGCUGGGCCGCGCCGUGCGUGCCGUCAACCCCGGCAAGUCCCUCGUCUACAACCUGUCUCCCUCGUUCAACUGGAUGGCCCACGGCUUCACCGACGAGAAGCUCAAGUCCUUCAUCUGGGACAUUGCCAAGGAGGGCUUUACCCUGCAGCUCAUCUCGCUGGCCGGCCUCCACUCGACGGCCACCAUCACCAACGAGCUGGCCAAGAAGUUCAAGACGGACGGCAUGAAGGCGUACGUGGAGGUUGUGCAGAGGCGAGAGAAGGAGCUGGGCUGCGAUGUGUUGACGCACCAGAAGUGGAGCGGAGCGAGCUACAUUGACGGCAUCUUGGGUGCUAUUCAGAGCGGCAGCUCCAGCAGCAGGAGCAUGGGAGAGGGCAACACUGAAGGCCAGUUUGACUAG